AUGUUGAAUAAUAAAACAAACUAUCAUGCAAAUUCUUCGACUUCUAUUUCUACAAAUCAAAGAAAACAAUCGCAACUUAAUGGAAAAACAGGAUCUGAAAGAAAAUUCAAAAUUGGUGAAAUAUUAAACUCAUGUAAACAAUUUCGAUCUUAUCCAGUUACUACACAAUUACCUCUUGAUUCAUCAAAUUUAACAUCUUCACAAUCAUCUUCAUUAUCACCAUCGGUUUAUCCAAUUGCUGGAAUUGUUGCUAAAUCAGUGAAUCCACGUAAUCCAACUCAGCCUCCAUUACCUUCAAUACAAAAUAGAAAAACAUUCAAAGAAUGA